AUGCCGACGGAUACAAACGGUGUCCAUUUCUUCACUCCUGCAGCUGAACACAGCGAUGAGGAGGCAACAGCAGCUUCUCCAAGUUCUGAUACUGGACGCCCAAAUCCACUCGACAACAUUCGAGAGUACGGAAUGAACACUCUGGCAACUGAAGCUAUUGAAUCUCAAAUUGAAACUGUCGACAGUGAGGUUUUCGAUUCGGGACCAUUCAGAAAGGGAUAUGCGAUGGGUCACUCUGAACACUCAACAGCUUCACCAUUUGAAAUCUCGACGACACCAAUUGAAGUGAACGAAUCCCGUGCUCACAGAGCAAUUGAAAUCUCGAAUCGAGCUCGUCUCGAGUCUCAAAAUGAUGGAUGUCUCUCACCAUCAUCAUUGAAGUCAGCACUCGAUGAAAUUCAAAUGGAACCAAGAAGCAAGUCUCCACAACUCGUGGAUCUUCACACUUUCAGAGAUGCUGUCGAUGUGAACUAUCAACGAAUGGCAAUCACUGGUGAAGAAUUGAGUGGAGUUCCACUUGAAGAUUUGAAGAGUGCUUCCGGUCAUUUGAUUGAAGCUCUUCAUCUCCGUUCCAAAUAUAUGGAACGUAUUGGAAAUCAAUUCCCCUCAACGACUCGCAAUUUCCUCACUGGACACUAUCCAAACAAUUUGCCGAAGCAUCGUGUCAAGAACACCGAGACAACCAAAAUCCUGUUCCAUCCGCCCAGUGUGCCGGACUUGGAGGCUGUCCAAACAUCAUUCAACCCACCAGAUCCACCAAAAGAUCAUUGGGGAAAGAAUGAUCCACUGCCAAAAUACGAGAAGUAUUACACUUUGAGACGUAAUAGAGGAGUGACUGAAAUCUGCAAUGAAGAUGGUUCCAUCGAUGAACAGUUCAAAAGCACCGCAGUUACCAAGGAAGAGUUUUUGAAUGACACAGAGAAGUUGACUGCAAUGAUUGUCGAUGGACCACUAAAGUCGUUCUGUUUCCGCCGUCUCUCGUAUCUUGAAAAUAAGUUUCAACUUCAUGUUCUCCUGAACGAACUUCGUGAACUUCAUGAGCAAAAAGGAGUCAUUCAUCGUGAUUUCUACAAUAUUCGUAAAGUAGACACUCACAUUCACGCUGCCUCUUCAAUGAAUCAGAAACACUUGCUUCGUUUCAUCAAGAAGAAGAUAAAGACGGAAGCAGAUGUUGUUGUUCUUGAUAACAAUGGAACAAAAGUGACAAUGAAAGAAGUCUUCAAGAAGAUGGGAAUUGAUGCGUAUGAUCUUUCUGUCGAUAUGCUCGAUGUUCAUGCUGAUCGUAAUACUUUCCAUCGAUUCGAUAAGUUCAACACCAAGUAUAACCCAGUUGGAGAAUCAACUCUACGUGAAAUUUUCAUCAAGACUGACAACUUUGUCGGUGGAAAAUACUUUGCUGAUUUGCUGAAGGAAGUAUUGUCUGAUUUGGAGGACAGCAAGUAUCAACAUGCUGAACCAAGACUCUCUAUUUACGGACGAAGCAAGAAAGAGUGGGAUAAUUUGGCGAAAUGGGCCAUCACUCACGAUGUUUGGAGUCCAAAUGCUAGAUGGCUUAUUCAGAUUCCAAGACUUUAUGACGUCUACCGUAACAAGAAUAUGGUCAAGAACUUCGAUGAUAUGCUUGACAACCUGUUCACUCCACUUUUCGAAGUAACAAAUGAUCCAUCAACUCAUCCAGAACUCCAUCUCUUCCUCCAACAAGUUUCAGGAAUUGAUUCAGUUGACGAUGAGAGCAAACAUGAAUUUGUUAAUUUCGAUCGUAGCACUCCAUGUCCACCGGAAUUCACUGAUUUGGAGAAUCCACCAUACAACUACUAUCUCUUCUACAUGUAUGCAAACAUCUGUGCUUUGAAUGCAUUCCGUCGUGAACGUGGAUUGAAUACAUUCGCUCUCCGUCCACAUUGUGGAGAGGCUGGCCAUGUUUCUCACUUACUGACUGGUUACCUCACAAGUGAAAGUAUUGCUCAUGGAAUUCUUCUCCGCAAAGUUCCAGUUCUUCAAUAUUUGUACUACCUGACCCAAAUUGGAAUCGCCAUGUCUCCACUGUCGAAUAACUCUCUUUUCAUCAGUUAUCAGAGAAAUCCAUUGCCAGAGUAUCUUCAGAAAGGACUGAAUGUCUCGUUGUCAACUGAUGAUCCACUUCAAUUCCAUUACACUAAAGAAGCAUUGAUGGAGGAGUACUCAAUUGCUGCUCAAGUAUGGAAGCUCAGCUCAUGUGAUAUGUGUGAGUUGGCCAGAAACAGUGUAAUGCAAAGUGGUUUCGAAGAUAAGGUUAAAAUUCAUUGGCUCGGACCGAAUUACAAAGAGGAAGGAGUCAUUGGAAACGACAUUCACCGUACAAAUGUACCAGAUAUUCGUGUCAGUUUCCGUCAUGAAGCAUUGGUUGAUGAGCUCUGCAACCUCUUCCGUGUACAAACUCUGAGACAAUAA